ACAACAAUAUGGAUUGCAAUUUUUAGGCAUAACAUUAGGUAAUCACUUUAUAAAUAUUUUUGGACUCCAUAAAUUAAUUUAACAUGAGGUAAACUCUCCAUAAAUGUUUCUGUACUGGAUGAAUUAAUUAUCAACUUGGGACAAGAAUCCUGGCUUCUUCUCUUCUUGUGUCAUGCUCAGUUGAUGACCUUGAAUUUUAAUUUUGUUAGUGAUCUAUGCCAUAGGUGUUAGCCCUGAGGUUGACUCAGUAUUACCUUGUGAUAUUUUUUUAAACUCCUCACUAAUCCUUGCAAAAAACUAAUGGGAGAAACAGACUUCAUGGCUUACCUUGUGCUCUGCUAAGACACUCAGUCAAAUUUAUUGUGCUAGGAUGAUUAUGGUGUCACAAGGUGAAAGAACUUCUGCCAGCAUUUUAAAUUGUUUGCUAUUCUGUCAGACUAUGUGAUGGGAUAUAUUGUGUAUGAGUUGUGUUUCAGAUAAAGUGUGUAAUUGUUAAACCAGUUGCUACUGUCACUGUUAAUGUUGGAACCGAAUGUAAGGACACUGUUGCUGAAGUGGUGAUAUUACUUGAGGGAAUUUGUCAUUUCCCUUUGUCCUACUACUUAGCCUUCAGUAUAUAUAGAGUGGAUUAAAUUAUUCCUAUACAAGGUUGUGACAAGAAUAUCAUGGGGUUCAAAACUCUGUGCUUUGGACUGACUUUGAUUCUCUUUGCUUAUUAUAUUUAUACACCGUUACCAGAAAACAUUGAAGAACCUUGGAAAGUAGGGGUCAUCGAUGCUCUUAUAAAAACUACUUCUCUUACGGCUACAUUAUUGGAAAAUAUGGGUCUUAUUAGAUAUGCGGAAUUUUUUUCCAUGUUACUGAAAUUGGACCAUACAGUACUAAUUUCAGAUGAAAACAUUACAGUGAUGGAUACAAAGUUUACUGACAUUCCAGUGUGUUUGUACUUGCCAAAGAAGAAGUCAGAAAGCCAGAGACGGGCUGUAAUUUUUAUUCAUGGUGGUGCCUUUGUUAUGGGAAGUUGCAGGCAGACGGCUUAUGACUUCCUGAAUAGAUGGACAGCAAAUAAACUUGGUGCUGUUGUUGUGGGAAUAGACUAUAGGCUAGCUCCUCAAUAUCAAUUUCCUGUUCCCCUUGAAGAUGUCAUUUCUGUGGUCAGAUUCUUUCUACAGGAUAACAUUCUUGCAAAAUAUGGAGUGGAUCCUUCCCGAAUCUGUAUUUCAGGUGAUAGUUCUGGGGGUACAUUGGCAGCAAAAGUUACUCAACUGGUACAAAAUGAUCCAGAAUUCAAAAAUAAAAUUAAGGCACAAGUUUUAAUUUACCCUGGCUUGCAGGUGGUGGAUGUUUUAAUGCCCUCUUACCGACAAAAUGAGCAUGGUCCGAUUCUGUCAAGGGAUAUGGCAAUUAAAAUGGGAUGCCUGUACUUGACCAAGGAUAAAGCACUGCCCCAAGCAGUGAGAGAAAAUCAACAUAUGCCCCAUGGAUCAAGACAUCUGUUCAAGUUGGUUAACUGGAGUACUCUUCUUCCUGAAAAAUAUAGAAGGAAUCACAUAUAUACUGAACCAAUUAUUGGGAAGCUUAACUCUUCGUAUCCAGUACUUUUGGGUAGCAGGUUAUCACCCUUGUUAGUCACUGAUUCCCAAUUAGAAAAAUUGCCACUAACUUAUAUCAUCACCUGUGAACAUGAUAUCCUAAGAGAUGAUGGACUUGUAUAUGUCUCACGACUUCGAAAUGCUGCAGUUAACGUUUCUCAUGACCACAUAGAGGAUGGGAUCCAUGGAGCACUUUUUUUCAUGACAACACCAUUUUACUUACGUGUAGGCAUUAGAAUAAGUGAUAAAUAUAUUAAUUGGCUUGAAGAAAAUCUAUAAAUAGUACAUGUAGCUAGCUAAUUAUUUAGUAAUAUAAUCCAAAGGUUAUAUUUGAAAGUUUGUGACUUUAAGGAACAGAACAAUGAUAUUCUUUUUGAAUAAAUGUAAGUUUAAAAGCAAAGAUUACUGUGUACCUUUGAACAAGUUACUUAAUUUCCCUAAACUUGGAUCUUAAUAAAUGUAGAGAUUCACUGUA